AAGCCUUGCUCACUAAAGGAUCGAGCUCUCAACUCCUAUGGAUGAGGCACACAACAGAACGUCCCUCAAACAUGACAUCAUCAGAAGUUCAAAUAAUUCUGAAAUGCUUAAAGAUUUCGCUUCCAGCGACUUAGUUCAUCGAAUACGGAUGUAGCUUUUUGCUGCUCUCCGGUGCAACCUCGUGGCAUAAGGAAGUAAUGUCCGACUUGAAACUGUAGCCAUACAAUCUCCAUCUCGCUGGACGAGUUGCGAUUACUCUGUGUUCAACCGACCACUCUAACAGAUCCGAAGGUGACCGCUGAGCAAUUCGCAUCUUCAUCCGUUGGCCUACAGAAGUGAAGAGAUUAAAGAUUUCUCUUCCAUCUUCAAUCAAGUCGACAUUUCUGAGUUCUCUGCCAGCCCGCCGAGAAUCAACAGCCGUACCGCCCGCCGACAGAGCGAGGAAACGGCCUCCCGUCAUCACACGAGCCUCAAGGAACCGGGUCAAAGUUAAAGGACGGAUGAAAACACAUUCUAUCUGUGUCCUGAUGCAAUUCAAUAGUCACUACAACCAUAGGCGAUGGAUCGUACCCCUUACGUGGACACCCACUUGGCCACUAGCUUGGUGGCCAUCUGUCACUUCGCCAUUACUUUGGGGCUUCUCAGUGGGUGCAUCGCUGAGUGGGAAGAACUUGUUGGAGACUCUAUCGGGAGAUUGGUGUCACGUUGCCCUAUGAGUAUGCCGGCAGACGUCACCCAAAUGUCCUGCUGUGGGGACUCUACCGCUGACGUAAACCUCUUACUUGAAUUGCAUGAGGAUGCAGAAUGUGUGGUCAUCCGUCCUUUAAUUCCGUCCUGGUUCCUUGAGGCUCGGGUGAUGAUGGGAGGCCGUUUCCUCGCUCUGUCAGAGGGCGUACGCCUGACUGUUUCUCGGCGGGCUGGCGGAGAAAUCAGAAAUGUCGACUUGAUUGAAGAUGGAAGAGAAAUCUUUAAUCUCUUCAUUUCUACAGGCAAACGGAUGAAGAUGCGGAUUGCUCAGCGGUCUCCUUCGGAUCCGUUAGAGUGUUCGGUUGAACACAGAGUAAUCUCAACUUGUCCGGCGAGAUGGAGAUUGAAUGGCCACAGUUUCAAGUCGGACGUUACUUCCUUGUGCCACGAGGUUGCACCUGAGAGCAGCGAUGAGCUACAUCUAUAUUCGGCGAACAAAAUUGUUGGAAGCAAAUCCCGGAAGCAUUUCAGAGGUAUUUCUACUCCUGAUGAUGUCAUGGUUUGAGGGACGUUCUGUUGUGUGCCUUAUCCAAUAGGAGUUGAGAGUUCGAUCCUUUAGUGAGCAAGGCUUCAUGGGAUUUGUAGUCUGUUUUGGACUCCCUUUGUUUGAUUUUGGCACGAUUUUUAUCAGUAAGAUUUACGACUUGGUAUGUGGGGGGCUGAGUUAGGUUUUUACGACUGUGUUAGGCCUGCCUUUGUCUUCUAUCUGAAUACAUGAGGCCCAACAACACGCAGCAACCACACAAAGAACUUUUUAUCUUGCACAGUGUGAAAAACCCCCUUUCUUUGCCUCUUUCUUCUGCACUUACUUCUUCUAUACUCCUUUAGCUAGAACUUGGCAGUGUGAUACUGGAGAUAUUGUUGACUUUUGUAUGACACAUUUCUUGUUUUGUUCCUCAUUUGUAAGUCACUUUGGAUAAAAACAUGACAAAAGUAAAUAUAAUAAAUUGACUGCUUGUCGCCAAUCUUUAACAUGUUUUCUAUUAAGUAAUCCUUUUGAAGUGAACUAUGUAAAAAAAUGAUGUUUUAUAAGAGAAGUCACAGACAAUUUUGCAACAGGUAUGUUUCUCAAACCUUUUCUCUUUUCCUUUUUUUUAAUUUGUUUUCACUCUGGUAUCAUGCAUUCUAGUUUAAUCUAUCAUAGAGGUCUUUCAAACUUGUAACUAUCAAAAUUUGUGACCAUCUGAUGUACCAUUUUAAAUAAAUACUGUUGAUAAACGCUUUUCCCUUUUAAUCCAUGUGUAGUUUUAUGGCACUAAAUAAACUAGAAUUAACA